AAAAAAGCCCUGACGUCUUCGUAGUCUAGUUAGAAGUUUACAAUGUUCAGGUUAUUGUGUUUCCUUGUUAUCGUCAAUGUGGCUAGUGGUGCCAACAUUUUUGCCAUAUUUAGUACGCCUUCUUUAAGCCACCAGCUGGUAUUUCAGCCGAUAUGGCGAGAACUGUCUUUGCGAGGCCAUAAAGUCACCGUGGUCACUCCUAAUCCUUUGAACGAUCCGACUUUGACAAAUCUUACAGAGAUCAACGUCAGUCAUUCGUACAGUAUUUUUUCCUUGCAAGCAUUUAUAGACAACAGUCAUCUUCUGCCUGAUAAGCUAAUGAGUAUAAGUGUUGGCUAUUUUAUAAAACCCAUAAUUGAAAGCCAAUUGAAUUAUUCCGACGUACUGAAAAUCCUUAAGGAUAAAAAUGCACAUUUCGACUUGGUAAUUUCUGAAAUGUUUUGUGCCCCUGCUUACGGUUUUGCAUAUAAAUUUAAUGCUCCUUGGGUGGGGAUGCUGUCUUUACCUGACGUAUCUACAGCAGCUAUGGCUGUGGGGAAUCCCAUGCAUCCUGUUAUAAAUCCGGAAGGCGGACUAGGAUAUGGUAAACACCUAUCUUUCUGGCAAAGGGUGGUAUCAACAUAUGCUCAUAUUCGCUGCAUUCUACG